AUGUCAAAGCAGAAUAGACGUUUGACCAGCUCAACCAGCAGCUCUAAUGGGAAUAUCACUCCUAAAACCAGUUCCACUUCCAGAUUAAAUAUAUCGAAUGAUUUUUCCGCUGGAAGAUCCUACUUAGAUACAGAUGAUGAUAUUAGUUUGAGUGAUGAAGAGUUGCCACUCAAAAAAAAAAGAAAAAAAAGAAUAAUAGAAGAUGAUGAAUCCGAUGACGAAUUACAAUCUGUCGUUGUUCAUAUUUCUGAUGAUGACUUCUCUGACACCGAUACAACAAUACAAAAUAAACCUGUAGCUUUGAAACAUGGUGCUGACGGUAAACUGUGUCAUGAGUGUGACUAUAAAGAUAUUUGUGACUGUUUAUUUACAAAUUGUCAAGGAUGCUUUCCUUCCUGUCCAAUGUGCCGAGGUAGCAAAUGCGGUCCGAUAUGCCGCAAGAAUAGAGGUUAUUUAGUGGUCAAGUAUAUAGAUUCGAGUGUAGGAACUACCCGAGUGAACCCCUGUGUUUCUAUAUACGAAAAUUGA